AUGAAUAUUAGUAUGACUGGGAAUGAUACUAGUUCCAGUUUGGAACCACGUCAUACUGUGUCCUGUAUCUCCUUCCUUAGGAGUUUCUUGGGAUCAUCACGGCGACAUACUCCUCGACCUCCUAAUGCCGCUCAGAGUGAUUUUGGUGUUGACUAUGUGCUGGAUAGGGAUCAUCCUCGUCAAGCAGUAGGGUCUGUUGCUAAUCAACAUCUGGCUCAUGAGGGAUCUCUUCUACAUGACCAGGUUACGGUUGUCGAUGAUAUUCACGAGAACGAAAGUAACCACCAACCUUUUCCACCUCAUACCCCCCUUCCAGGUAUAUCAGGUGAGAAAGGGUUGGGGAAUCUUCCGGAAGUGGAUUCUUCGUUAAAUAAUUGGUCUGAGAAGGAACUGCAGAAGAUGUAUGAUGAUGCUAUAAAGCGUUCUGAUAAAGCACCACUCCCACCUGGAGGAGUGUAUUGUGGUCGGAAAGACCAGAGAUCUGUGCUUACCUUCAUUCAGGAAUGUGAGAGGACGCCAGCCUGGGAUAUUGGGUAUGGUCCGAGUCCAGCAUUUUUCCAAGGUGCCUAUUUAGAACGGUGCCUUGGGAAAGAUAUUAGAGAAAUUAUUGUCAACAUUGUGGACAAGCAGAUGAAGGAGGGUGGUUAUCGUGGGUAUCGGAAGGCUAUGCAUCGUGCUUCUUAUAUCCGUAAAGAGCUGAUAGAUAGAUUUCUCUCUGUCGACUCGAGAAGAUUGCUUAUCGACCGAUGGGAACAUAUUGUGUGGGAUACUAAGGAGGAGACUUUUGAGACCUUUUAUCUGAGAUUUGACUAUAUUCGAAUGGCGAUUGACGCUCAACGUGGUUUCCCCCUCACUAGAGAGGAUAUCGCAGAUCGUCUAUUUGCCAGCUUCGCUGAUGAUAUCUGUGAAAAUAUCCUACAUAAGUUUGGUAACUCUCCGACUUUGGAAGAGCUUAUUGAGUAUGGUAGGCGUCAUAGUACUGUCCUAUUACGUCGUGCAAGUAAGCGUCAAGGGCGAAGUACCGUGAAUGCUAUUGAGAGCCAAGCCCUUGACUAUGAUGAUGAUGACGGUGUUGCUGCUGCUAUGCCGGUUGCUACAACGACUACUGAUGCCACCACCAACACCGACAGGUUGUUCCUGACGAACUUAUCGUAUACCGCUACUGAGUCCGACCUCUUAAGUGCCUUUCGUUCUAUCCUCAAGGUAGCGGGUGUAAGACCGAUCUCUUUGAAGGUUUUUCGUGACUCUUCUAGUGGGAAGAGUAGGGGUAUUGGAUUGAUCCAAUUUGAGAAUGCCCCGGAGGCUCAGAAGGCGCUACAAUUAGUUAACGGUAAAGCUGUAUUAGGUCGUCGUGUCUAUGCUCGCCGAGAUCGUGGAUUUAAUGCUGAUGGCGGUGAUAGGAAACGACGUCGUGUAGAGCAAUCUCAGAGCUCUACACAACAGACUCCAGAUAUUGUUCGGCAAGUAAAUCCACCAGCUGUUGCCGAAAGUCAACCACAUUCCGACACAUCUGCAAAUGUGGUUAGUUCUGCUGAGGACCGUGAUGCCCCUCCUGCUGAUGAACUACCUCAGCCUGAGGUAGCUUUGGGGAAUUCGGAAGAUAUCUCCGUCUGCCCUUCGAUAGAUCUUCGUGGUCUAGAGCGUACUGAUGGUGCUAGUAUUGAGAAGCGUUUGACUAGUAUCUCUGCUGAGAUUGUGUCGUCCGAUGGAACUACUAUACCUAUGAAAUGGCUGCUUGAUAGUGGCUGUGUGACUCAUUUGGUAUCAUCGACGAUUGGUGAUGUACUAGGUAAUGCCCGUCCUGUCCAACUAGCAUCCCCUGUUACUCUCAUCUUUGCUAAUGGUGAGACGGAGAGAGUUCAAGAAGCACGUCAACCAGUUUUUGUUGUUGGCUCUGUUGGUAUUUGUGAUUUGCCCGGUAGCCCUUUUGAUGAUCUUAUGUGUACGGCUUGUCGACCAGGAUUGCCACGGCUACGACCACCCGAUAAAGAGGGUGGUCAGAUACUGGUAGAUCACGUUUCGACGAGCGAGGGACUCGGUAGAGCCGCUGCCGUUGCGAGAGAUCAGGCUACGUGUAGGAAGCUCAAAAAUAUGGGAUACAUACGGCCAUUGACUACUGAUGAGGUUGAGGAAGAUCUACCAAUAAUGGCUGCUGUGACUGCUCUACGACCAAAUCAUAAAACUCAACCAGAAAUGUUGGUCCUCAAGUACGGCUCGGUCUCUCAUGCGUUCCAAUACUACAUGGACGACCUUCUCUACACUUCAUGGAAGUGGUCGGAACUUUUUGUACGUCGACAGCAUGGACGUGAAAUGCUGAAAAAGAGGGCUAGCAUGCACUGUCAGCCCAAGUGUUGGGAUGAGGGCGAGGAAGUGUCGAGGACUGCUGAAGUGUCCACGUCUAAGCUUAUGGAGGCAAAGCUCUGCACUCAGCUUGGUUAUGUAUGGGAGAGGAGUUUCUUGGGAUCAUCACGGCGACAUACUCCUCGACCUCCUAAUGCCGCUCAGAGUGAUUUUGGUGUUGACUAUGUGCUGGAUAGGGAUCAUCCUCGUCAAGCAGUAGGGUCUGUUGCUAAUCAACAUCUGGCUCAUGAGGGAUCUCUUCUACAUGACCAGGUUACGGUUGUCGAUGAUAUUCACGAGAAUGAAAGUAACCACCAACCUUUUCCACCUCAUACCCCCCUUCCAGGUAUAUCAGGUGAGAAAGGGUUGGGGAAUCUUCCGGAAGUGGAUUCUUCGUUAAAUAAUUGGUCUGAGAAGGAACUGCAGAAGAUGUAUGAUGAUGCUAUAAAGCGUUCUGAUAAAGCACCACUCCCACCUGGAGGAGUGUAUUGUGGUCGGAAAGACCAGAGAUCUGUGCUUACCUUCAUUCAGGAAAUGUUGGUCCUCACAUACGGCUCGGUCUCUCAUGCGUUUCAAUACUACAUGGACGACCUUCUCUAUACUUCAUGGAAGUGGUCGGAACUUUUUGUACGUCGACAGCAUGGACGUGAAAUGCUGAAAAAGAGGGCUAGCAUGCACUGUCAGCCCAGUAAGUCUGUUCUGGGGAGGGAUAUAGAGUAUGCUAUGGAGAAUGCCGCUGAUGCACCUUCAGAGUGUUGGGAUGAGGGCGAGGAAGUGUCGAGGACUGCUGAAGUAUCCACGUCUAAGCUUAUGGAGGCAAAGCUCUGCACUCAGCUUGGUUAUGUAUGGGAGAGGUCUGACGAUGUUCUAUCAACUCGGCCAGUAGCUCUAAACAAUGAGGAUCUCAGUACGCGUCGUCAUUGUUUCCAUGCCCUUGGUCAGAUGUAUGACCCUUUAGGAAUCAAUAUUGAAGAAGGAGUUCGUCAAAGACUGCUUCUGAGUAAGGUGGCACGUGUGACUGCUUCAUGGGACACCAAAGAUGUGCCCUACGAUGUGACUCAGGAUAUUUAUGCCCUAUUCCGUUCCUCCCCAAUACCACAGCCACGUUUUGUCGAUCUGAGGCAAGGAUUUGCUGUAUUUUGCGAUGCUGCUGGUAAUGGAUGUAUCUGUGCUGAUGUUCGUGGUAUUAAAGAUGGUCGUCGACUUGUUGCACGUCAGGCUACUCUUAAUCCGAAAUGGACUAUCCCUCGGCUCGAAUUGUGCUCGAUUUUACUUGGAUAUAGUCUUAUGGAAGAGGUUCUGGGCCAAAGAGAGGCUGUUACAAGUGAGGGAUUUUCCAUUGGUCCUAUAUGGUUAUUGACUGAUUCACAGCUCAAUGCUUGGCGUAUUAAGCGACCCAGCAGAGCUGAUGCACGGUAUUUGCCUCUGCUUGAGCGAAAUCGGAUGACGAAGCUGCGUUCUGGGCUCAUUGCUUUGGCGAGAGAUAUUGGACACCCUAUAAGGGUAGCUCACAUUCGGGGGCGGGUGAAUCCUGCGGAUGCUGGUACUCGUCCAGAGUCUGGUUGUCAGAUGGCCCUUAUGGACGGCUUCAAGAUACAAGCGGUGCUAGAUGAAGCUACUGUGAUUACCACUUUCUCGCCAACACCAUCCUUCAGUGAUGAAGAUCUUAUUGACGAGUUUGAUGAGCAAAAGGAUGGUAAUGAAGAAGAUUUGAUAGUACACUUGGUUGGAGCAGUCUCAUCUUUGGAGAAGAAGAUUCCUGAUGCUGUGAGUAGUGCUGAUUUGUUAUUUGAAAUUGGUGUUGCCCAGGAAGCAUGUACCGAUUUGGCGUUGUUGAAGAAAAGGCUAGCUUCGCAAGUUGUAGAUGGCUAUAUGUUGAAGAAUGGUGUGUUAUAUCGAGUGGGAAGUGUCUCUCUGGACGACUCUAAUCGAGGAUCGUGUCCGAUUGUUCAGGCAGUUGUACCGGAGAACCGUCGUGAUUUACAAUGGCGAAUUACUCAACAUGCUCAUGAUACUCAUGGGGGCCAUCCGGGUAGGAUUGCGCUGACGCGAUGGGUCUGGCAUCGCUACUAUUGGAAGAAAGUCGAUGCUACUGUUCGCCGUUUCAAUGCUAAGUGUGCUGGCUGUCAGGCCAGACGACAGGCUGCUGCGAAGAUGAAGCAGAUAUCCUCACGACCCCCAGCUUGCUCUGCUCAGUUCGGUCCUUUUGCUGUUGCUUAUUAUGAUGUAACUGGGCCCUAUCAGGUCUCUCGAAGCUCAACCGACUCCUCUCAACAGAAGCUGUACUGCUUUACUCUAUGCUGCCACGCCAGCAGGUUUAUCAAGGCUAUGGUGAGUCAUGAUAAAACAGGCUAUUCCGGAGCGAGACUGUUGAGGCAGAUGGUUACUGAAGAAGGUCCGAUUCGGCUACUUGUUGUUGAUCAAGGACUCUUAGUGCCGGAAGUUCUAUCACUGGGUAAGGAGUUGGGUUUCCUUGUUGUUUCGACUGCCCCGCGUGGAGAAGAACUACGAGCAUGGGGUGAGCGUCCACAUCGUGAUGUGCAUUCAGUGUUGAGGGGAGCCCUGUGGGAUAUUUCUAAUAAGACCAAGUCGCUGCCUUCGGAGGAGGAGUUCGUUCAACUACUAUAUCGGGCUAUUUGGAUAUGUAACAAUAGCCCAUACAUCAGUGAAAGCCCACUCACUCCUGCACUCAUUUGCCGGUCGCAUGGUCGCAAAAUUGAUGACUCUUUAGCGAUGAGUGAAGCCGAAUCUAUUAAGAAGGCGGUGUUCGAUGGAUUGGAACCACCCUCGUGGUGGGAUGAAGUCACUGCCAAUGACUACUUUGAUAAGGUGACCGAAGGUAGACUUGUGGCUUUGCGAGAGCUUGCUGACAUUUGGUGGCUUCGUAGACGAGAGACUCGUGAGAGGCUUCUAUCGCGGACGAAGAGGCAUGCGGGUCCUUACGGUAAACUCAACACCGGUUGGGAGGAAGUUGAGAUUGUUGAUAGGCCAAGCGACAGCAUCCGGAAGGUCUGCGCCGGCCGGGAGUGUGCCGGUUUCGGCAUGAAGUGA